CCUCCCCCAGAGAGCCAUGGUGGCUUCGGGCGAAUGAAAACCGCUGGAAUGACCGGACGCCUCCCCCUAUAGUGGCGCAGACGUUGGGGCAAUCCAGUCAGGCAGACUGGGGGCACACGACUCGCUUGAGUUAGAAGACACGCAAAGUCCAACAUAUUCGCCUGUGCUUCACCACCUAUUCUCAUCUCGUGGUUGUUCAUUUUGACCACAGCGACCAUUCGGGUCCUGCGGGAAGACAUUUGGGGAGAAGGGGUGGCUGUCCAGGGCGGUGGAGCGCCGCCUCUGCAGUGCUGGGACGGACGACUGCGAUGAGGAGCAUGCUCUAACCGCAUUUGAAGUUUACGCCUUGGUAUUAUUUUAAAUAGCUUAAAAAUGCCCGUAAAAAGCAAAUACAACCUGGUGGACGAUGGCCAUGAUUUGAGGAUCCCGCUCCAUAACGAGGAAGCGUUCCAACAUGGAAUCAACUUCGACGCGAAGUACAUCGGGAGUUUGGAUGUGACACGACCUAGCAGUCGAGUGGAGAUCGUGGCUGCAAUGAGAAGAAUAAGGUAUGAGUUCAAAGUGAAAAACAUUAAAAAGAAAAAGGUCAGCAUCAUGGUGUCUGUUGAGGGUGUAAAAGUCACCUUAAGAAAAAAGAAAAAAAAGAAAGAAUGGAUGUGGGAUGAAAAUAAAAUGAUGGUGAUGCAGGACCCCAUUUACAGAAUAUUCUAUGUGUCCCAUGACUCACAAGAUUUAAAGAUCUUCAGUUACAUUGCACGAGAUGGGCACAGCAAUGUUUUCCGGUGCAAUGUGUUCAAGUCCAAAAAGAAGAGUCAGGCCAUGCGCAUUGUCCGGACUGUUGGUCAGGCAUUUGAGGUCUGUCACAAACUGAGUCUGAAGAAUGCACAGCAGAACACAGAUGGACAGGUAGACUGUCACACUGAAAAGAAUGGCAACAACUCCUCUAUUACAGGAGUGCAUGCUCAUCCACCUGUAUGCAUGUGUCUUUUAGUUGGCUCAGGUGGAGAGCUAAUAGGAGGAGCAGACAUGGCUACAGCUGCUGCAGAAGAAACAGACAUCGAUGCUGAUGAGACAAAUAAGUUGCCGGUUGCUGAGGAGCUAAAUAUUAAUAGAGGGGUGACAGAUCUGGAUGCCACACCCAAGACAUCAGACCUCAACCACUCGGAAAACAAGAUUUCAGAGGAGGCCUCCUUAGUGAUGUCCAGCCCCAGGCUGCUGCUCCCUGCCUCAAGUGUACUUUCUCCUGGCACUCUCUUGUCUGUUCACCAUCAAAUUCAACUGCUCCAACAGGAGCUUCAGCAACAGCAACAGCAAACAGAAGUCGCUGUGGCACAGGUUCAUCUCUUGAAAGACCAGAUGAGUGCAGAGGCCACAGCUCGACUUGAGGCGCAGGCCCGAGUUCACCAGCUACUGCUGCAAAACAAAGACCUACUGCAGCAUAUAUCGCUCCUGGUUAAACAGAUCCAGGAACUUGAGACAAAGCUCAUUGGACCCAACUCCAUGGGAUCCCAGGACAGUUUGUUGGAAAUCACCUUCCGAUCAGCAGUGCCCCCAGUAAUCUGUGACCCGAUUACCCCUAAACCGGAAGUGUCUGCCCUGAAGCUACCGCAUCUUUGCACCACUGACAGGGCCAUGAAGGCAUUUGCAUCUUCCAAUGGGAGUUUGGGAAGCCCACUAGUUGAUCAAAGCAUGUUUGAGAAUUCUGUUGCCCAGCAACAGAGUCCCCGCAUCACCAGGCAAGGCCAACACUCACCCAAACGAACCCCAGCAUCUCCUAACUCUAACCUGGGUGUUGGUUCCUCUGAUUCUCCUUCCUCUGGGGGCCAGCAGAGGCUGAAAAAUGCGAUUAAUCUGGGCAAGGCUGUCGGGGCAAAGAUGAAUGACCUGUUGAGGAGGAAGGACUCGAGCCAUGUUGGAGACAUUGGAGUGACCGAAGUCAACAAGAACGUUGGUGCUGUGUGGAGUUGCAUGGAUCAGUUUAACCAAAAUUCUGCAAACAGUUUCAGUCACUUUUCCUUUGACUCCAUCCCUCGGCUGGAUCCACCACCCCCAUCGGGAAAGAAGCGCCUUCCUCGGGCAUUAAAGACCACCCAGGAUAUGAUGAUCUCUUCUGACCCAGUGGUCUCUUCUCUGGACGCUGCAGACUCCAUCUGCUGCCACAACGAGACACUCUUUCUCACCAAGGAGCAGCCUCAAAGCACAAAGGAUGUGAAGAAGAGUGAGCUUGACAACAGGUCAACAGACAGCCACUGUGCUGUUCAACAAUCUGAUAAAACAUCAGCAGUUGAAGAGACAGAAAUAUUGGAAAGCAAUGAAAAGGUGGAUGCUAUUAUAUGUGGAGAAGAAUCAAGGGGAGAACAUGCAGAGGAACACCAGGUUCACAUAGCUGUACCAGACCUCAUCCACAAAGAUCCUCCAUUAGUGGAGCCCAGACAUAAAACCAGUGAUAUCUGCCAGGAACCACCAGGUCUGGACUCCAGGAUGGCCUCCACACCAUGCUCUGGGAAAAGUCACUGCCGCAUCAGCCUGAGCGAGGAGGUCUUGAUCGCAAACAACAAGAAAAACAACGAAGUGAGUCUCGAGGACACAGAGCCACACCCAGAUCUACUGUCCUUUGAUUAAGUGCAAGAUACCGUUGCAGUAUGAUCGUCAUUUGUCUUUGUUUUCACUCCUUGUCCAAGGAUACACAAACCAAUUCAAAUGGACUCCAACCAAAAGAGUUUAGAAAUUAGGCCAUCCUAUUUCAGGGUUAUUUGAAAAAGGGAACAAGUGAGUUUAGAAACUACAAGAAACCAAAUGUGUUUUCUGUCUACUUUUGUAACAUUUGAAAGACUUUUGCAGUUUAAGUCCAGCUUUCCAGGGCUGUUUGUUUUCUGGAAAGACUAAAUUUAAAACAAAACUUUUUAAAGGUGAAAUGUUAUGUGUUUGGAAAUGACUGAAUUUUCACCACUUUUUAUUUUUAUUUACAUGUCUGAUUUGGUAAGAAGGAACCAACAAUGUAAGACAGAAUACGGAAAAUGGAACGAACACCAGUAGAUGAGUUUUAGAAACAUUCAGUUUUGUGUUUUUAACUGUCAGGAGUAGAGAACAAUACUCUCAUAGGUUUGAAUUAGUCCCUCCUAUUAUUUUAUCUCAUUUUUUUAUUCAACCCAAAACAAUGAAUGACUACAAACAAAUGAAUAGGUAACUAACUAAAACUCAAAAAUAUUUGUACUAUUUCCCUAAGAAUGGACGAUAUGUACCUACCUACGAUACGAUGUACCUACAAAGUUGUACUAAAACAUAAUGGAGAUGUUUCAUUGAAGACAAUUCCAGAACUGGCUUCACUGGAGUUAGUUUCCCUUGGGAAAACUAGUGCAUGGCUGAACGGACUACUGAGCUGAUGAAAAUGUUAUUUUUAAGAAAAUUGCCUGUCUGUCAUAUUAUUUGCCUCAUAUUGUCAGAGUGUACACAGAAAAAAAUCAUUAAUGAUAGAGACUUUUUUAGUCCUGAUUUUAUUCAUUGUGUUUUCAGCCGUUUUGUUGUUUUUAUCUCCACCAAGGGAGUUCUCAAGUUUAUUUUUUUCUGUUCAAGCUUUCACAGUUGAGUUCACUUUUUUUUUCUUCCUCAAUGAAUAACUCGUAUUGAUUUUUUUGACAGUUUUUUCUGUUGAUAUCCUCUGGGAUGUAUAAACGUGGAACUGGAGAAAUAUGCAUAUAGUAUAUACACUGUAGGUAGGGAUUUACACAUUUUGACUAUAUGCUGUUAUAAAAGAGGACCAAUGCACACUCCAUUUUUGCAUUUACCUUGUAUACGAUUUUUAGAUUUCACCUUUUGUUUUACAUCUUUGGCCCUGGAAAUGUCUAAAGCACAGGUCUUAAACUUAAUGCCCGGGGGCCAGAUUUGGGGCGCCCCAUCGGUUUAUGUGGCCUGCGAACCCAAUCCAUGAUUUGUAUAAAAACUGUAGCAAAAUUUCAAAUUUUUCUUAUGUAACACAUCGGGUUGGGAAUGCUAAACCGAUGUGACCGGAAAUAUGUUUGCAAAGGCAAGAGAUAGAGUGAAGAAAAUAAGUAUUUGAACACCCUGCUAUAUUGCAAGUGAUCCCACUUAGAAAUCAUGGAGGGUUCUGAAAUCAUAAGUGCAUGUCCACUAUGAGAGAGAUAAUCUAAAAGGAAAGAUCCAGUAAUCACAAUGAAUGAUAUUUUUAACAAUUUAUUUGUGUGAUACCCCUGCAAAUAAGUAUUUGAACACUUAAGAAAAGCAAUGUUAAUAUUUGUUACAGUAGCCUUUGUUUGCAAUUACAGAGGUCAAAUGUUUCCUGUAGUUGUUCACCAGGUUUGCACACGCUGUAGGAGGUAUUUUGGCCCCCUCUUCCACACAGAUCUUCUCUCGGUCAGACAGGUUUCUGGGCUGUCGCUGAGAAACACGGAGUUUCAGCUCCCUACAAGGAUUCUCUGUUGGGUUUAGGUCUGUAGACUGGCUAGGCCAGAACCUUAAUAUGCUUCUUACGGAGCCACUCCUUGGUUUUCCUGGCUGUGUGCUUUGGGUCAUUGUCAUGUUGAAAGACCCAGCCACAACUCAUCUUCAAUGCUCUGACUGAGGGAAAGAGGUUGUUCCCCAAAAUCUCACAAUACAUGGCCGCGGUCAUCCUCUCCUUAAUACAGUGCAGUCGUCGUGUCCCAUGUGCAGAAAAACACCCCCAAAGUAGGAUGCUACUUCCCCCAUGCUUCACAGUAGGGAUGGUGUUCUUGGGAUGGAACUCGUCAUUCAUCUUCCUCCAAACAUGGUUAGUGGAAUUAUGACCAAAAAGUUCAAUUUUGGUCUCAUCUGACCACAAAACUUUCUCCCAUGACUCCUCUGUAACAUCCAAAGGGUGCUGGUUUAAGCAGGGGAGCCUUCUGUGCCAUGCACGAUUUCAAACCAUGAUGUCUUAGUGUAUUAGCAACAGUCACCUUGGAAACAGUUGUCCCAGCUCUUUUCAAGUUAUUGACAAAAAUCCUGUCGUGUAGUCCUGGGCUGAUUCUUUACCUUUCUAAGGAUCAUUGAGACCCCACGAGGUGAUAUCUUGCAUGGAGCUCAACUAAGAUUGAGGAGAUUGUGGAGUUGUACAAUUUUGUUUCUGGUGUCUUUGGACAGCUCUUUGGUCUUGCCCAUGUUACAAGUUGAGUCUUACUGAUUGUAUGGAGUGGACAGGUGUCUUUAUGUAGUUAAUGACCUCACAAAGGUGCAUCUGAUUCAGGAUAAUACAUGGAGUGGAGGUGGACUUUUAAAGGCGGAAUAACAGGUCUUUGAGGGUCAGAAUUGUAGCUGAUAGGUGUUAAAAUACCUUUUUGCAGCUGUAUCAUACAAAUAAAUCGUUCAAAAAAUCAUACGUUAUGAUUUCCGGAUUUUUCUUUUUAGAUUAUCUCUCUCACAGUGGACAUGCACCUACGAUGAAAAUUUCAGACCCCUCCAUUCUUUCUAAGCUGGAGAACAUUCAAUAUAGCAGGGUGUUCAAAUACUUAUUUUCUUCACUGUAUGAAUAUAUCGGUGGAUACAAAAUCUACCAGGAAUACUUAGAUACAUCUGUUGUAGGACUAUGGACCAGAUAUCGCAAGGCUAGGAAUCGGUUGCGUUAGGCUUUAUGGUAUUCAUCUUGUAAAAAAUUGUGAGAGGUCUCACAUUGUGCUCCGCAGGUAACACUGUUUAUAACCAGCCAUGAUGGAUACUGUCAAUGCUACUAGUUUAACUACAUUUCUCUGGACCAUCACUAUUUCAGUAUCAAAUUACUUUUAAGUAAGUUAUAAGUUAAGCAAGUAAAGCUACUUUCGUGGACACAGCAAAGUUGCAAAGUAGUGUUUCCCCAGGAGUUGUAAACAUUGAAUGCAACGUCAAUUUACAUACUUUAUCGCAAGUCCGCCGAAAGUGCCCUUUGGCGAUUAUAAACAUGCAGCCAAUAUAGCAAAGGUAGGUACAUAUCGUCCAUUCUUAGGGAAAUAACUCGGGAAGCUAAAGUUUCAACUGGAGUUCUCGCAGUCCACUUAAAAAGAAACAUCCGAGAGGACACACAGCCAGUAUGUCCCGAUACUGACACAACAAUCACCAGUUAAACUAAGCUCGUCACUGCUGAAAAGUUGAAAAUGUCACUCAGCGAGCACCAAAAAAAAUUAAAAAGUGCACACAGCUUACUAAAACCCUGAAAAUGACAAA